AGGAAUAACUGUUCACGUUCAUAACUACUUCCUCCAUUGUGGAUAUGUUUAAAUGCACGUGGACGCGAUUUAUAGGAAUUAUCGAAGAAACAACACUGGCGUCGGUUUGAAGCAAAAUGGAUGAGAAUGCCUUCUGCGGUGAACUAACCGACAGAAAAUAUUUAUCGGGACUACUAGGAAUCAGACAUAUUUUUAAUUGAUUCUAGUACAUCAUGACAAUUAUUAAAAAAUAAAAAGCGGUACGACCAGUGCGUAGAUAUGAAGAUAUUCAAUAAAAACAUGCCAAAUAUCCGUAAUUUGAAGCUGUCCAUAAUUUGAAACAUAACGGUAAUUUCAUUUCAGUUAACGAUUAUGGUCCGCAAGAUGGAAAGUAAAAACAUCCCAGUUAGCGAACACUUACUGUAUUCCUAUUCCAUAUUUCUAUUCCAAUUGUACAUUUGCUCUUAAUUUGUUUAUCCUAGCUCGAUUUUGCACAGAACUUUACAUUAAAUUAAAUCUUUUGUUUGGUUUCUUUUCUAUUGGUGAUGACGAUUAUUCCCCUUUCCCUCUCACAUAUUCUUCUAGUAGAACUGGAAAUGGGGAGGCUGUUCUGUGGACAUUGGCUACGGUAUGCGGUUUGCAAAAAAGUUUCUCGAUGCCCGUGAAAUCGAAAACGAUAACCGGAGCCUAAUGAACAUGCACAAUAACCGUGUAGGAAGAAAGCUAGUAAAGUUACUGCUACGAACAGAAUGUAAGUGCCACGGCGUAAGUGGUUCCUGCGCGAUGAAAACUUGCUGGAAAAGUUUGCCUUCGUUUAAUGUUAUUGGCGAUGCCAUGAUGAAGAAAUAUCGCAAAGCCAAACUUGUUCAUGGUAUUAACAUUAGAAAUAAUCAACCGCAACUUGUGUUGAAACGAAAAGUGAACAAACCGCUGCUCAAAAAUGGGAAGACACUGGGUGACAGUCAAAUUCCAAAGAGAACUGAAUUGGUUUAUCUGGAGCCUUCGCCUAACUAUUGCGAGCGUAAUAUCAGUAUUGGAGUGCUCGAUACAGCCAAUCGAAAUUGCAACCGCACUUCGCAAUCCAUAGAUCAUUGUGAUCUACUGUGCUGUGGACGAGGCUACAACACCCAUCAGAUCGAAUGAACCUGGCAGUGUAAUUGUAAGUUUAAAUGGUGCUGCACGGUUACAUGCGAUGUAUGUUCAGAGCGAAAGGAAGCAUACACUUGUAAAUAAAAUAUGAUCAUAAUGUUCACUAAAUAAAUUCACUGUCUAUCGAUAGA